AUGAUCCGCAAAGAGGUUCAAGAGAUGAAGAAGAAUAAGAAUAAGAGCCCUCAUGAUCAGCCACUGACGCUUUUGUCUCUUCCAGAAGAAAUCUUAGAGAACAUCCUCGCACGUAUCUCUAAAUGGAAUUACCCUAAUCUCUCUCUUGUCUCCAAGAGAUUCCUCUCACUUCUCUCUUCUCCCCAAAUCUACACGACUCGAUCUAACAUCGGAACCACAGAACCAUGCCUCUAUUUCUGCUUAGAAUCGUCUAAGAACCAAUUCUUUGACUGGUACACUCUUUGGAUGAAACCUUCCGAAACCCUAACGAAUGAUGGUGACGAUGAUAUUCUUGGUGACUAUUCAUUGGUUCCGGUACCUUGUUAUCCCCAUCCUCAUUGUGUACCGUAUGAUUCCACUAUAGCUGUUGGUUCGGAGAUCUACCUAAUCGGUGCACCCUCCGAAUCACCACCGACUUCAGCUAUUCGUAUCCUUGAUUGUGGGAGUAACACGUGGCGUGAUGGCCCCAGUAUGAUGGUUGCUCGGGAGUCUGCGCAUGCAUUUUUUGUUGAUGGGAAAAUAUAUGUAAUGGGAGGUUGUGGGAAGGACGAGUCCAUGGCUUGGAUGGAAGCGUUAGACAUAAAGACUCAGACUUGGAGUUCUUUGCCGAGCAUGGAGACUCAGCCGACGAGUUAA